AUGAGCAGCGACUAAAAUCAAGAUUUAUAAGAGGAGUUGAAAAACGAAACACCUAUUGUCGAGAGUACCACUAAUAAUAAUGAUGAUGUGGCUAUGCAAGGAGAGGAAUAAGAGGCAUCUUCAAACCAACCAACUGACGAUGGUGGCUAAGAUUCUGAUUCAAUGCUAGAUCCUCCUGAGUAAAAGGUUGGAGAGAUACAAAACAUAGGUUGGGACAAUAAGAUUAAGAAGGAAAUUGUUGAUGUUGGCACUGGAGUGAAGAAACCAAAGUUGAAUUACCUAUGUCGUAUCAGUUAUGAUGCCUACUUCUACGAUCACACUGUCUUUGAUUCAUCUAAUGGACAGCUGAUUCAAAUAGGGCUUGGAGAUAUCUCUUGGCCAGAAGGACUAUGGAAGGGCAUUCAAGAAAUGAGACAAGGAGAGAAGGCAAAAAUCAAGAUAAAGAAGAAGUACGGAUUCGGAAGAAAGGAAAAUGUUGACAAGUUGAAAUUCCCUGUAGGAUAUUAGGAGCAAGGUGAGAAGAGGGAGAGACUUAUGACUAAAGGAAUAAUUUAUGAAGUCAGACUGGUAGAUUGGGUUGAAAGAGUUGACAUUGAGGCUAACGGAAAUCUAAUGAAAACAUUUUUGACUAAGCCAAGCCAAAGAGAAUGGGAGAAGCCCUCAGAAAAGGAUGAAGUCUUGAUCUCUAUGAGUUACUAUUAUGACCAAUAAUUGCCUCUUUUUAGCAUUGAAAACAGAAAUACAAAAAUGAGCCAUGAUGACUUUACUUUAACUCUCAAGAAAAUUCUAGAAUCUUGCAAACGGGGAGAACAUUCAACAAUCUAGGUUCAAAGUAGUUUUAUCAAGGAAGAAGACGAGAAGUUGUUCUAUAGACUUGGUGAGAGAUUCAAAGAAGAUAGAGAUCUGAUUGUAGAGGUUAAGCUACAUGAUUACGUGAAAGUUGAAGAUUGGUUCAAUGAUGACAAAUGCCACAAGCGCAUACUUAGGAAGGGCAAGAAUGCUAGUCCUAACAUUGACUCUAAUAUCAAGUUGAGGAUGAGAAUAACUGUGAAUGGCGAGGUUAAACUAAAUAACUUCUCUGAGGGAGACCCAAAAGAACUCUACAACCAGUUGAAUAUGAAUGAAGAACAGAUAAAUGAACUUAUAUAAGACGAAUCUUUAUAUUCCUUUACUCUUGACAAGUAUGUUUUACCCUCAGUCUUGAUUAAGGUCUUAAAAUCAAUGAAGCGCAAUGAAGUAACUGAGCUUGUCUUAAGAAGUCACUUUGAUAAGUUAGCAACAAACUUCCCUAAUCAAUACUUCAACCAGAAUGAACUCUUUAAAGACUUAAAAGAAGAGAAUUCAGAUGUGGUCUAAAUUUUACUAUGCCUUGUAGAUGUUGAUAAGCCAGUAUAUUUUUACUAACUCAAAGUUUAAGGCAAACUAGAUAGAAUUCUCACAUUGAAGACUACUGCUAGUGAAUUCUUUAAAGCAGGAAAUUUCAAGAAGGCUGCUAGAAUUUACCAAAAGAUAAAUGGCCAUUACAACUUUGGUGACGUAGAUAAUGAUCAUGCUAAAGAAGAAGGUAAAAAUGAAGAUUUUGAUAAAGUAAAAGAUGAAUUGAAAAAGCAAAAGAUCCUUAGUUUUAUGAACCUAGUUGUGUGCAAGUAUAAGACCAAAGAGUAUUAGAGUAUAAUUGGCAUUACUGAUUAAGUCAUUGAUAUGGAUCCAAAUAAUAUAAAGUGUUAUUAUUUCAGAGGUAAAGCCUAUUUAGAGCUUAAGGAAUUCGAUAAUGCAGUAAAUGCGUUUUAAGAACUAACAAAAAUAGACCCAAAUUACUAAGAAGGCAAGAAUGAAUUGAUUAGAGCCAAGCAAAUUAGAAAGCAGUUUAUUGAGAAUGAACAAAAGAAGUACUCUAGGAUUUUUAGUUGA